UAAAUAUCCAAGCAAGCAAGGAUAUGAAAACUUUACGCCAAGUAUCUACAAGAGCUAUCUUUAUGGUCAAGUCGCAGCUUGCUCCAGCGCUAUUCGACUGAUCUGUUUAUGCUUGGCUUAUGUACAUGACGCGAUAAGGUUCAGCAUUUCGUCAUCAAAUGAGUCUGGUAGUGUGAUAUGGGGAUAGGAGUAUAUAGGCUAAGUGUAUUCUCCAUUCUAUAGAACGGCUUGGCCAAUCCCUCUUGUCGUCUGAAUCAUAUUUGACUUGGUUUGGAAGUUACCUUGGGGUCCCGAAUCUACAACUAUACCGCAGUAAGUACGCUCAAUAUGUUAGAGUACUACAAGAAUAAGUCCAUCUUUGUUACGGGAGCACCGGGGUUUCUAGGUACGGUAAUCAUUUAUCGCUUGAUAAGCUUGUGCGAAGUCCAGCAUGUCUACGUGCUUUGUCGAGGAGGAAUUCAGCGCUUGCGAUCCAACUGGAGUCAAGUAUUACCUGAAGAAAUAAUGAACACCCUAUGCGACCCUUCGCGAAUUACAGUAUUCGAUGGCGACGUCCGCUUGCCAGACAUGGGCAUAUCGAAGAACAAGCUUGACAUGGUGCGAACACAGGUGGAUGUUAUUAUCCAUGCGGCAUCUUCAAUUAACCUCGGUACACCUCUUGCUGGUCUGUUCGAUGUAAUUAUCCGGUCCAGUGACAUGAUCGGAGGCUUUGCUCUCUCAUGUUCAAAGCUUCGCCGGUUUGUAUAUAUUUCCACUGCGUACGCAAAUGGCCACCUCAGCCCCUCAAGUCACACAUGUGACAUUGAAGUUGAUGAGAGAGUGUAUGAUCUAGGAAGCUCCGCGACCGUCAUAGAGGAAUUGGCCGAGGUUGAAAGAUACGGCACUAGCAAGGCUUAUCAGGCGCAUGAGUUCCCUUGGCCAUACGCGUACGCUAAGAACUUGACUGAACGACUGCUAGUUCGCCGCUUUCAAGAUAAUAGGGCGAUGAACAAGUUGCUUAUCGUUCGUCCAUCUAUUGUUGGGCCUUCCCAAAGUGUACCAUACCCUGGCUUUUGUCUCCCUUUAUCCGCACCAAUGCUCAUGUUGGCGGCUGGGAUGACAUUGACCACAUCGCAGUAUAUGCGUAUUGGAACAAACCUGACCGACCCUGACUCAGAGGCAACGUUAGAUGGAGUCCCUGUUGACGUCGUUGCCGACCGAAUUAUCACGCACGUUGCUGCUGGUACAGCUGUCUGCAUCCAUGCUGUGAGCGGUGAGAGGGGAAGAUAUAAAACGCGCGACGUGUGGCAGCAAGCAAUGCAAUUCCGGCCAAUCCCCUGGGGCCUGAAGCUACAUUUUCUAUGUCGCCGUUAUAACCUACUUGGGGUCUCCUAUACCUUCUUGGAAAAGCGAACCGUGGAAUUGUCUAACACACUCUCACCUGAAGAACAUAAGGAACUUCAGCUCUUCACCCAAGUGCUGCACUUUCGUUAUAUUUUUGACCGGAUGGCUCCCAAGGAUGAGAUAUCGUGGCUAGCCGCCAAAGCCUCCGGCUACAUGUUUGGAGACCAGCAAAGAGUCAGCAAGCUGUGAAUUUCAUGCCAACGAUCUGGAUGGUCGA